UCCGGACCCUCGGCCGCGCUCCCAGCCCGGGGGGGCCCCUCGGCACCCCCCGCCCCGACACCCCCCAAUGCGCUGCCCGGCCCGGGGGGGCCCCCCCGCCACCUGAGGGGGGGCAGGGCCGUUUGUGUGCCCCCCCGGCCCCCCCAGCCAUGAUGUUCCGGGACCAGGUGGGCAUCGUGGCGGGCUGGUUCCGCGGCUGGAGCGAGUGCGAGCAGACGGUGGCGCUGCUGGCGCUGCUGAAGCGCGUGACGCGCACGCAGGCGCGCUUCCUGCAGCUCUGCCUGGAGCACUCGCUGGCCGACUGCCCCGACAUCCACCUGCUGGAGGCCGAGGCCAACAGCGCCGCUGCCAUCUCGCAGUGGCCCCAGGAGCCCGCCGAGGCGGCCGUGGCGCUGCUGCUGGCCCACCUGCCGCUGCUGCAGCCCGGCAACGCGGCGGCCAAGGCGGAGUACAUGAAGCGGCUGCAGAAGGUGCUGGCCGACGCCAUCGAGAGCAACCGCUGCGUGGAGGAGUCGCGGCAGCUGCUGUCCUACGCGCUCAUCCACCCCGCCACCACGGCCGACGACCGCAGCGCGCUCGCCCUGUGGCUGGGGCACCUGGAGGAGCGCCUGGCGCCGCCGGCGCCGCGCCGCGCCCACAGCGUCAGGGGGCUUCAAAUGGUUCUGGAGGGUUCAAGGGGCUUGGGGGAGCUUCAGGGGGCUUUGGGAGGGGUUCAGGGGCUUUGGGGGGCUCGGGGGGUGCGGUGCUCUGACGGAGCCCCCCCAGACGUGCCCUCGUGGCUGAAGAGCCUGCGGCUGCACAAGUACGCGGCGCUGUUCGCGCAGAUGAGCUACGAGGAGAUGAUGACGCUGACCGAGCGGCACCUGGAGACGCAGAACGUCACCAAGGGCGCGCGGCACAAGAUCGCCCUGAGCAUCCAGAAACUGCGGGAGCGGCAGAGCGUGCUGCGGGCGCUGGAGAAGGUUCUGGAACUGGGGAAAUGGGGGGGAAUGGGAGGGACUGGGGGAACUGGGGGCUGCGGGCGCUGGAGAAGGUUCUGGAAACUGGGGAAACGGGGGGGGCUGUGGGCGCUGGAGAAGGUACCCCCCCAGGCGUUCACGGAGACGCAGAAGAAGCGGCUCCAGUCCUGGAAGCAGCAGGUGCUGAAGCUGCUCCGCGCCUUCCCCAAGAAGGGGCCCCUGGACGGCCCCCCCGGCUACCGGCCCCCCAAAAGGUACCUGGGGAGGGGGCUCCGGGACCCCCCUGGGGUGUUGGACCCCCCCUUGGCGCAGAGGCCCCUCCCCAAAAUCCCCAUUUCCAUCCCACCCUUCACUGCUGACCUGCAUGGGUGUCCCCCCCCCGGGACAGACCUGGAGAUCAACCCCACGCUGGAGUCGCUGUGUCUGAGCAUGACCGAGCACGCCCUGGGCGACGGCACAGACAAAACCUCCACCAUCUGA